AUGCUGGACCGUGAAGUAGCAGCCGUGCAUGAGUUCUUGAAGUCAGGAAAGAUGCUUCACAUAAUGCGCGAUACUUCAUCGCAUGGCGUGCCGAUUCUCGGGGGCACUUACGGUGUGAACCAGGCGGCCUGUGACCGCUCGCUCCUAAAUCGCAUCCGCGGCCAAGUUCUUGCCAAACCCAAGAAAUCGUACGACCAGUCAGUGCUGCGAACGUACCUAUACCCCAAGCUGGUUCACAGCUCCAUCGCUCACGACAGCUUCACCUGUCAAAAGUUCCCCUCAUCUGUGCCAUUCCCAACCCAGAGAAAGGACGGCAAGUUUGUCGGCAACAGAAGGUACAGAAGUGAAUUCUCGGAAGAUACGGUUAAGAUCGAGUGCCCUGUUAAAUGCAGGCCUCCUAACCAAUCAAGACUGGAAAUUUUGCUGAAAAUUUUCAUCCGAAGCUUUUUGUAUUGGUUCUACAAACCGGUCGAAGUUUUAUUGGAAGAACAAACAAAUUAA